AUGCCACUCUUAGCUAAACCUUUGAUAGAACCUUCCAUUAGCCAAGCAAAAACAUAUUCUGCAAGUGACAGUACUCAUCAGCGACAAGAAAUGCAACCACCACAGCAACAGUCAACUUCGUCGUUUAACAUCAUGUCGAUAUUAAAUCCGGCUCCAUCACCGCCGUCUAAUAGGUCCCAAACUGUAUCAGGAUCACUACAACAAGAUUUAAAUGCGCACCCGGUCUUACCACCAGCUUCGUCAAUGACUCAACAAACAUAUUACCAGUCAAAUCCUCACUCACAACCUCAGACUCCAACUUUUCAAUUACCUUAUAAUAACAAUCUUCGGCUUCCACCACCGUGCACAUCUCCAACAUUUCCGUCAUUUCCAAGUUCUUCAAGUUCACCAGUAAAUAUUUAUAGCUAUACACCUCAAAAAUCAACUUUCUCACCAGUUGGUUUCAACACUUCUAGCAACGGUACUCCUUUGUCCCCAGUUAAAACUAGUCCUUCAACUCCACUGACUAAUGUGCCAACUGUAUUACAGUCGUCUCAUGUAUUAACGCCCAAUGAAAUAUCAAUACCAGCUACCCCGAUCACUGCUUAUAAUAACAGAAGUCCCUCGUUAAGUCCAACCAUUCAGGAACAAGAUGUUACCGCAUCAAUAAAUAAAAGUAACCAUCACAAUAGAAAUAGUCCCGAGGUUAAUCAAGUCACUGUUGCCACCUCCACUCCUGUAUUGAGUGAUUCUUGUGGGCACUUGACGAAAGACCAACCUCCUACUCCUACUCUUACUCCUGUGGAGUUUAUUGGCCAGCCUGUACAGAAAUCGGGAUAUCUGCAUCAAAAUCUUAAUCCACCCCUUAACGCAGUGAUGACUGAAAAUUCUUCUGAAUUAGAACAAUUGGCUAGUACGGCACUCUGCGAACUCCAAAAUUCACAAAGAAGAGAGGUCAUACAUAACGAAGAAGCCAGAACUGGUAGAGAAUCGGAUAUGUUCUCUGAUGAAGAUCACGUUUCGCAUCCUACAUCUCCAUUUGAAGAGCGUACACCUAUUAAAAAUAUGGUGUCACCUAUUUCAUAUGAGAGUACGACAGGAAGUACUCCAGCACCACCACAAACUGAUUCAGAGGUCUCUUCUGAUGAUACAAGUCCACGCCAACGUAAAUCUGGAACAAGGCGGUCUAAAACUACAUCGACAAAAAGAAAACUAUCGUUAGCGUCUGAUCGUUCUUACAAAGGCAACAACAAGAGACAAUUUCGAUCAAGAACUACGUCUAAUAACAGCAGUCGUAAUACUUCACCGGGUUUGGAAUCUACAAGAAAUACAAAUGCUGAGAUGGUCAUUGAUGAAUCAGAGCGGGUAGGAGAGCAGCUUUAUUGUGUAUGUAGGUCAUCUGACGGCCAAUCAUUUAUGAUUGAAUGUGAUAAUUGUGAUGAAUGGUUCCAUGGCGCUUGUGUAAAAAUAUCAUCCGAAGAAUCAUUAAUGGUGGACAAAUUUUAUUGUCCGAAUUGUACAGCUAAGGGGUUCAGAACAUCGUGGAAAGCAGAGAAAUGUAAAUACCCACCAUGCAAAAAACCAGCUAGAUUCACAAAAUCGAAAUUCUGUUCAGUCAAAUGUGGAUUGGAUUUCAACCGUAUUCUUCUUGAAAAGGAAGAAAGGGCAGCUAAAAUGAAAAUGUUGUUAAGCAAGAAAAAUAAGGACAAUAAAAAAGGACCGAUAAAGCGAAAUGUUACAAAUCGCACAGGCCAAUUUGAUGAUGUUGAAAGGUUGAAAAGGAUAGAGAAGAAGGAAGCUAAAAUCAAAAAAGAGUUGGAAGAAAUUGAGACACUUAAUAAUGUUGCUGGGCGGAGCACAGAGAGAGUUCAAAGCGAGAGUGAUCAAGUUGAUAGUGAUGGAUCAGCUCAAGAUAUUCCAUGUGAAUUUGAGAAACAAUCCGAGAGCGACGGGCCCACACAUAAUGCCCCAAUCUGUGGAUACAGUCCUCGUUUUGAUUGGGCUAUUGAUAAAGACGAUGUGAAAUAUGCCGGUGACGAAAUUUGUACAAUUCUAAAGGCGCGUUGCAAAAAGCAUCGUAAUUGGCAAAGUCGUAAGAACAUGCAGAUAGAAUUGGCAAAAGCCAAUAAGAAAACUCGCCUUUUAGAACUUGCCGGAGAGAAGAAAUUAAUAAAAGCACAAAUGAGGAAACGAAACGAUAUGGUAGAAGCGAUAAUAAAUGAAACAAUUGAUCAUACGGCCGGGUAUAUUCCACAAGACUUGUCUAUACUGACGAAAAAAUUUAAAGACAUGGAAAGUUUCAUUAAUGACUUAGGAGCACUCUUAAUCCAUAUUCUACUGCUUUUAACUUCGUUAACCCAAGCUCAGGAAAAUUAUGCAUUACCACCUCCAAAUAUUCCCGGAAUACCACAGGAACCAAGCAACAAUACUUAUCCUAAUCCGGAAUAUGCAAGGCUAAUAGCAUAUUCUUUAUAUUUUUACGAAGCGGAGAGAAGUGGAAAAUUACCUGCAGACAACAGAGUAUCAUGGAGGCAUGAUUCAGCACUAAACGAUGGUCAAGAUGUCGGUCUUGAUUUAAGUAAAGGUUAUUAUGAUGCAGGUGAUUAUAUAAAAUUCACCUUUCCAUUAUCAUGGACUAUCACGGUUAUUUCCUGGGGUGCUUUAGAAUGGGGUAAAGGUUAUGAAUUAGCAAAUCAGACUCAAUACUUGAGAGAUAUGAUAAAAUGGGGAACUGAUUGGUUAAUAAAUGCUAGUUCGAAUACGAAUAAUACAGCAAAUCAAUAUUUAUAUGUGAUGAUUGGUGACCUUGAUUCAGAUAUUAAUUAUUGGGGACCCGACACUAAUAUUCCUACCCCACGUCCAUCGUUAAAGACUAACUCCUCUGCUCACGGUACUGAAGUCUCAGGAGAGACUGCUGCGGCAAUGGCUGCAUCAUCUUUAUUAUUUCGUAAUCAGUUUAAUGAUUCUAACUACGCCAAUACUUUUUUAACAUAUGCGAAAAAUUUAUACUCUUUUGCCGAAGCGACACCUUUCACUCUAUAUCAGAAUUCAGUCCCACAAGUCAAAAGUGCAUAUGGUUCGUCAAAUUAUUAUGACGAAUUGGUCUGGGGUGCUCUUUGGUUAUAUCGAGCGACAAACGAUACUAGUUAUCUUGACAAAGCCGUUAAUUAUUUUAACGCCAAUUCAUUGAGUGGUUUAACAAAAGUAUUUAACUGGGAUGAAAAAUCUGGCGGAUGUUAUGUGUUGCUUGCACAAUUAUUUCAGCAAUCUGGUCGGGAUUCAAGUAGGUGGCAAUCUGAGGCAGAACGAUACUUGGAUAGUAUCGUAAGCCCAUCUGGUAGUUGUACAUUGACUCAUGGUGGACUUUAUUGGUGUGAUGGAGAUAGUGAUUCUGCAUCCUUAAACCCAUCUCUUGAUGCUGCCUUCUUGUGCCUAAUUUAUGCACCAAUUGCUACUUCAUCUACAAAGACUCAAACAUAUGUGAACUUUGCUUUGUCACAAAUUGAUUAUGCUCUUGGUAAAAAUCCUAUUAACACACCAUAUGUUGUUGGUGUUCAUCCAAAUUCACCACAGAAUCCUCAUCAUGCUGGUGCACAUGGCGGAACUGAAGUAUCUAAUUUGAAUAAUCCGCCUCAAACUCAGCACGUUUUAUAUGGUGCACUUGUGGGCGGUCCAAAUAAGAAGGAUCAAUUUAGUGAUUCAAGAGCUGAUUUUGCUCAAACUGAGGUUGCACUGGAUUAUAAUGCACCAUUUCAAAGUUUAAUGGCAUAUCAAAUGAUCAAUUCCCACAGUGAUCCAUAUUAUGCUAAUAUUCCUCCUGGCAGGCCCCAGCCAAAGAUCAGUGUUGGUGUUAUUGUUGCUAUUGUUAUCAUAUGUUUGAUAUUACUUGUUAUUGCUGUCCUUUUAUACUUAAAACGUAAAGAAAUUGUAAAGUGGUGGAAAAAUAGGAAGCAAUAA